UCGCAAUCGGAUUGUAUGCCUGUUUGCCUCUUGUUAUUGCUAUAGAAUCUGAAAGUUGUUACUCCAAGAGGGUCUUUUUAAAAUCUAUUCUGGAAUAAUGUCCUACUUUUUUACUCUUCUGGUUUUCCUCUGCCCUGUCUUGUUGUUCGGUGCUCCAUGGGAAAACCCGAAUCCAAAGUCUCAGGUUGAGUACAUCACCAACGACAAAAGUGUGGGAGUUGCAAACGUCAUUCCCAAUAUCGUUCCCAUCACUCGUCCCCCGGUCGUGACGCAAACCGCACCUCCUCCGCCGGCAAAUUCCAAGAACUUCGCAUAUAAUCCGAUUACUCAGAGCUGGACCAGGAUUUUACCGGGCGAUCCCCUGCCCAGUGAGGAAACUCUUGUGUGGAACCAGAGCAACGACAAAUGGCUCACUCGCUAAACAUCCCAGCAUUCGAUUGCGAUUCCUUUCUGAUUGUGUUUUAAUUGUUAAUAGGAAUAAAACUAACUCGGAACAGGA